GGACGGGUAGAGAUUGCAAUGUAUUCAUAAAGGAGUAUUGUGUGCGCAGACUUUCAGCAUUAUGGCGAGUCUGGCAGAUGUUUUCACUGAGAAAGAGAGGACGAACUGGCUGAAGGCAUGGCUGGCAGUAGAUAUCGCAAAGUCUGGCUUAGAACAGUUCGCUGAAAACGAGGCAAGAACUGUACACACUAAUAUAUACAAGACUGUCUUGUCAAGUGUUCCGGCGCCAGCUGCGUGCAAUAUAUGUAACACAGCAAACUUGCUGCCAUGCCCUACACAAAGGAUAUGCAACAAAAGAGGCGCAAAUACUCCAUGUACGCUUAUGCAUGAUACCCCGGCAAAUCAACCACGACUGUGUCCUAAUAACGUGUGUAAUAAAGUUCUUAACGAAAUUGUAAAACAUCACAAAUAUGUGAAUCCUUCAUGGAAGAAUACCACGGCGACCCAAUGGGCAUCAACGCCUUGGCAAAUUGCCAAGGCGUUUUUACCUCCGGACGGAUAUUCUGGAAAGAGUUCAGUACAAGAUACAGACUUUAACGGAAUCGUCAAUUUUUUGAUGAACUGCGAACACUUCGACACCAAGUUUUCGUUCCCCAUAGCUGCAGGAAAUAAUAGCCCUCCAUGUCUUCUGACAAAGGCACGUGACAUUGGCAGGAUUGUCCGUCACUCGUCUCAGUGUAAACUCACAGACGCAGAUCUCCAGGACAUCUUCACAACACUGACUAACCUGCUGUCUGACCCAACGUGUCUAGCACAAGACGUCGCAUCACAGGAAGCUGUAAAGAAAUUAGCAAAGCUGCAAAACGACGGAUUGAAGAUAACUACUGAGGAAAUGAUUCAUUUACUACUUGCUGUUCAAGAGAAACUAAAGGAAGUUGACACUAUAGCUGAGAAGACUUUUGCCGAGAUACGGAUACACGCGGACAAAUGUAAACGAGAACUUGACGAACACGCUGAAAGACGUAAAAUUGCACUUGAUCCUGAAAAAGACUACGAACAAUCCUGUGAAGAUUUUCUAGGACGGUUGAAAAAAUACUACAAGAAAAAAAUAAAAAUGCUACCUGUUUCGCCAAUAUGGUAUGGCCGUGAGAAAUCGAUUAUGGAUAUAUUUGUACCGAUUCAAUUAAACCGAAUCGCAAUCGAGAAAAAUGGAUCUCGAAGAAAUACGGAACAAACCGUUGACACAUAUAAUGACAUGUUUUAUAAAGACAACACAUUGAGCGACCGAGUAUCCAUACAAGGAGAUCCUGGAAUGGGCAAGACUACGUUUCUUGCAAAAUUGGUCCUUGACUGGUGCGAUUCAGACUCAAAAGAACCGGAGCCAAGCUCUAAAUUCAGUGAUGUAGAAACAUUGCAGAGAUUCCGAUUUUUAUUCCACAUACAACUUCGGGACGCGGUUGGGCAAAGUAAAGUAUCAGACAUGAUCAAAACACAAAUUAUUGAUGAAAUUUUCUUUAAUGAAAACCAACAGGUGGAGGCAUACGAUUUACUAGGAAGCAUCAUGGAAAUGGAGACCUGCCUUGUAACUAUGGAUGGAUUAAACGAAUGGACCGAUCAAACAAAAGACAACCCUAUACCGAAACUGUUUUCUUUAUCCAGGCAAUGUAUUGUCUUAACAACUUCACGACCUUGGAAAAUGGCUGAUAAGCGUAUCAGAGAUUCUGAAAUCGGCACACUAAUAGAAGCGGUUGGAAUAACAGACACCGAACAGCUUACGCAAAAUAUGCUACGUUCUCUGACUGAAGACGAUCAAGUAUCAUAUAACGAAUUUAUGGCCUACGUAGAGGAACGUAAUUUAAACCAUUUUAUGGCGUCUCCUUGGAUGCUUACACUCCUAGUUAAUUUAUGGGUGGACAAAACGUUUUUAAGUGGAUCAUUAUGCGAAAUAAAUAAAGUUAUGAUAUACACCCUUUUAAACAAGGAGCUACCAAAUGAGGGAUCAACAGAACCCAUUCCAUCGGAAAAUGACGUUUUUGAGCACCACACAGAGAUUUGUAACGCACUAGCAAGGGUAGCAUUUCAUUACACAUUUGGCCCUGACAAGUCACUUGUAUUAAGCAAAAAUGAACUGUUAAGAACUGAAAUGUUGUCGAAUGAACAACUCGAGAUUGCCAUUAAAUCGGGGGUUUUGAAUGAGCGGCAUUGCUUUUCAGCGGCUUCAUGCAAAUCACAUGUUUUAUUUGUACAUGAAACGAUUCAGGAGUUCUUUGCUGCUUCUCAUAUUGCUUAUUUAUCGGAGGAAAAAAUUACGGAUGUGUUUAGCAAAAGAAAUUAUAAUGUGCUGGAAAUCAGUCAGGUAAUUAUUUAUCUCAGUGGACUAAAGUGUGAGGUAGCUAGUAAAGUAAUAAACCAUUUGACAGAAGACCUCUUAAACAACGUAAAUGAAGGACUUGAGAGUUUAAUAAUAGGAUCAUAUGACAGAAAAACGAUCUUAACAUUUCGAGAAACCGUCGUUAAUACGAACAAGAAAUUGAAUUCAAAAAUCGGUAUUAACUUGUCGUCCAACAUGCGUGGUUUGGUUAUAUCUAUGCUAGUGCAGGAGAUGAUGAUUAGCUGUUAUCACGAGGCUAAAGUCAGCAGACAAAAACAUAUUUGUCUAAAGAUGAGAGAUUUCACAUUUCAUGCAUAUUUAAAAAAGAACACAAACGACGAUUUAUUGGAAAUGUUAAUGAUGAACAAGUCCAAUGUACGCACACUCUUGUUAAAACGUAAUGUACUUCCAGAAAAUAAGAUACUCACAUGCCUUCAACAGUCAAAACAUUGUAUUGAGCGCUUGAAGACGUCAGGAACUCGGGGUAUUAUAUCAGCAUUACAUAAUCUUAACUUAAAACAGUUGACUUUAAAAGGAAAUAAAGAUGUGUCAUUGUUUUCCGGGCUGCUGCCAUCCCUGGGUAACCUAACGUUUUUGCGGAUAGAAGAAUCUAAUUUUUACGAAGAUUUGUUUCCGCCUUCCAAUAUACAACAUUUGUGUUUACUAAAAAGUAGAUGUUCUGCUGAGUUUGUUGGGCGGCUACUUGUGCAUUUGUCCCAAAUCAGCCACCCCGUCCGUUGUAAUCUGGGCGAAGUAUAUACCACAGAAAAAUCUGAUAUCUGUAUAGCCAAGCUGCGACGGUGGAUUGUAUCAUGCGACAUGUCUAAUCUCCAUUUAUGCGUUGGGGAGGGCGCGGACGAGUUGUUUACAAUAUUAAAGGCAACGAAUCUGGAAAAAAUUCAAUUUGAAACGGAUAAUGGAUUUUUAUUAGCAUCGGGUCGUCUUUACACACUAAGCAAAUUAAAGGAAAUAAUUUUAUGUGGAACAUAUAGUGGUCUUUGGAAUGUUAGACUGCCUUCAACGUUUCAGUGUAUUAAAUUGUUGUAUUGCACAAUUUCUCCUGGAUGGCUGUGCAGUUUAUUGAUCACACUCUCUUCAUUAGAUCAUCCUGUCAAGUGUGAAAUGUAUGAAGUUGUAUUGCAGUCAAGUAAAGAAACUCGUGGAGACGAUUCACACACAUAUGUAACGAACUUGCGAUCUGAAAUAUUGUCACAUGACAUGUCCAAUAUUGAGAUAUUAGUGAAAACUGACAGUAAGGAACUGUUUGAAAUAUUACGUGAUACAAGUAUAGGGCUCCUAGACCUACAAACGGCUGAUAGUGCCUCGUUAGCAUCCGAGAUUAUUCACACGCUCAACAAGCUAACAAAGCUGUUUUUGUGGGGGACCUAUACGGGUCGUUGUGAUCUCAAGAUCCCUGCUUCAUUGCAGUGUAUUAGUCUGCAGAGUGUCGAAUGUUCAUCUGAGUGGCUGUGCAGCUUGUGGAUCACGCUGUCUUCAUUAGAUCAUCAGGUCGAGUGUGAGCUGUGGGAUGUUGUAUUGAAGUCAAAUGAAGAAGCCCGUGGAAACGAAUCACAUUCAUAUUUAUUAGACUUGCGAUCUGAAUUACUGGCACAUGAUAUGUCCAAUAUUAAGAUAUUGAUGAAAACUGGCAAUAAGGAACUGUUUGAAAUAUUACGUGAUACAAGUAUAGGGAUCCUAGACCUGAGAACGGCUGAUUGUGCAUCAUUAGCAUCCGAGAUUCUUCACACGCUCAACAAGCUAACAGAGCUUUAUUUGUGGGGGACCUAUGCGGGUCGUUGUGAUCUCAAGAUGCCUGCUUCAUUGCAGUGUAUUAGUCUGCAGAGUGUCGAAUGUUCAUCUGAGUGGCUGUGCAGCUUGUGGAUCACGCUGUCUUCAUUAGAUCAUCAGGUCGAGUGUGAGCUGUGGGAUGUUGUAUUGAAGUCAAAUGAAGAAGCCCGUGGAAACGAAUCACAUUCAUAUUUAUUAGACUUGCGAUCUGAAUUACUGGCACAUGACAUGUCCAAUAUUAAGAUAUUGAUGAAAACUGGCAAUAAGGAACUGUUUGAAAUAUUACGUGAUACAAGUAUAGGGAUCCUAGACCUGAGAACGGCUGAUUGUGCAUCAUUAGCAUCCGAGAUUCUUCACACGCUCAACAAGCUAACAGAGCUUUAUUUGUCGGGGACCUAUACGGGUCGUUGUGAUCUCAAGAUCCCUGCUUCAUUGCAGUGUAUAUCUUUGGAUGAUGGCGAAUGUUCACCUGAGUGGCUAUGGAAUGAAGAUGAUUAUACGAGAAUUAAACACGAAGUGUGUAAACUGGAGUCAGUAGAAAUGCAAAAGUUUGAAGUUGUAGACAAACGACAUUUUCGGGGGGCUGUUUCUGCUGCUGCUACUCUUUCUGCUACCGCUGACGAGGCUGAUGACGAUUUUGAUAAGCAUUUACUACGGAGAGAGGGAUAUGUUGAUUCUCGAACGUGUCAAGGUGGUUAUUCUGUGAUACCACCAGAUGAAAAGAAGAGGCAGCAGAUUGUGCAGAUUGCUCAAAAGGAGGAGAAAUCUCUCCAGGAACACAGACAAAGGAACACGCAGACUUCAUUUAACUAUGUGGGAACUGUUGGUGGAGGCCAAGUGAGUCAGCAAGAGUCUCGCAGUCAUCUUGUGCAGAGCUCACCAAAUAAAGUACAGCGCCAGCUACAACAGCAGCAACGAAAAUCCUUUGUAAAGCAAAAAGAAGAAGAAGACAUUGUAAAACAUAAAGCCAAACAGAGAGCUGUGGCGGAGACAAAUGAGAGGCGUGAACAAGAGGAAGCAACAUCUCAACAACAACGAUGGGAUGAACAGAAAAGAAGGACUAAUGAUGCAUUCUUGCGUCGACUGGAGAAUAAAGCAAAGAAGCAAGGUGCAGUGAACAGUCAAGGGCCGCCACAAACAGUUCAGACAUGGGAGACACAGGAGACUGAGGAAAGAGAGGAGAAUAGUGAUGAAUUUGUUCAAAGAAUGGGGGCAGCGAGUACGUCUGAUGCUGAGGAAAACAGUGUGGAUUACGCGGGGUUGUCAGUGGAGCAGAGGAGAAGACUAACCACUCUCAAUGUCAUGUUCCCCCAGUAUCCUGUGGAUUUCAUUCGUGGUAUUUUAGAGCAGACGAACUUUUCACUUGAUGCAGCUGCGACAGUGCUCGGUGAAUAA